AUGGCAAUCUUCAUGCGUCCCAACCAUCCAGCUAUUCACACUACUCAUCUAGGUCUUUCACCUCAUUUCUCCCCUUUAUCACCCACAUCCCCCUUAUCCCCACUUUCCUUCUAUCCUAAUAUUCUUUCUCCCUCCGGAGAGCUAAAGGGACUAGGUGGACUGGGUAAUUUUGACGGACCGGGUCUAACCCCUGUCUCCCCCAUUUCUCCCCUCUCGCCCAUCUCCGGGGAGAAUUCUCCAAUCUCGGGGAAAGAUUCCAAGAAUAAUUCGGUGAAGAAUGUGGCAUUGAAGAAAACGAAUAUCAAACCUACCGCUGUUUUGGAAGAACCGAAAGUUUCUUACGCCAUGUUGAGGGCACAUCACGCGACGGCUUGUAAGUAUGUGAUUGCAAAGUUGAGGUGGGAACAGACGCAUAAUGAAUACAUCCCAGGAGAAGACGCAUGGCACAAUCAUAAUCGUAUGAUUCACAAAUUAGAAGAAGAAUUACACAAUUGUGAACAAGCAAUGUCACUUGAUAUCUUCCCAAACGUUCAUAUACCCGUUUCUUUCCCAAAACUUCAUGGACCACCAACCAAAGAAGAACAUGAAAAGAAAAUAGAAGAAGAAAAAGCUAAAAUAAAAGAACGUGAUGCUAAAUUAGAUGAACAAUUCCCGUUCUUGAAAAAACUUUUCAUAGGUCCACGAACUAAAGAACAAGCUAAGAAAGAUAAAUAUCUACGUGAACAAUUAGCUGAAGGUGAUUUUGAAGAUUUGAGCGCUUUGUUACCUAGUGAGAAUUUGAAGUUGUUAGCUGAAAUGGGUAAUAAGAAACCUGUCAAAAGAAGCUUUGAAGGGUUAAGGAUGGAGAGGGAAAGGAAGAACAUUUUGGAAAAUUUGAAGAAAGAAGGAAUGGAAAUUCCUCCUGAAUUGAUCAAAGAGGUAGAAAGGGAUAUUCAAAAAGCUAAAUUGGCAGAGAAAGAAAAAGAGAAACUUGAUAAAUUGAAAGGUGUAAAACCUAAAGUAUCAGAUCAAGAUAAAGAGAAGGAAAAAGAUAAGGAGAAGGAAAAGGAGAAAGUCAAAGGAGAAGUAGUUGUUCCGAGAAGAAUUUCAAAACAAAUCGGACCAGUUACUAAAAGUCAAGCUGAGAACCCUGUGGAACAAAUUCAUGGUCCGAAGACAAAGGCGGAAGCUGCAUUGGCUGUACAGAAAGAACAGAGACAGGUCAUUCUGACUUGGUUGAAGAAACCAUGGGGACAGUAUGAUCCCGAAGCGGCGGAAUACAUGGCUAAAUUGGGAAACGUGGCUUUGAACAGGAUGAAGGAAGGUGGAACGAGGAGAGAAUCGGUGAACAAGUCUGUAGAUGGGGAUAAGGGGGACAAGAUAGUCAAGGGGAAAGAGGAGAAAGAUGUCAAGGUGGUCAAGGAGGUUGAGGAGAAGGUUAAGGAUGGUAAGGAAGACAAGGUGGACAAGGGUAAAGAAGAGAAGAAAGUGGCGAGAGUGGAAGAGGAGAAAGAGGAAGAGGUUUAG